AUGUCAGCAUCUCAGGUUGCAACCAUGAAAUCCGGAACCUGUUUCAUCGCGGGUUUGGCGGUCAUCUACAGCCUUGUACAAGUUACACUUGCACAGGGAAACUCGUCUUUGGCCAACCACCCGAUAAGACCGCCUCCUCCAGGAUUGAUUAUACCGCCACAGUAUCAGUUUCAAAAAGUUUCCAAGCCAAUAACCUACCCAAAGCCUAAGCCACCAACUUACCCACCGCAGCCACAGCCUAAGCCACCAACUUACCAACCGUACCCACAGCCUAAGCCACCAACUUACCCACCCCACCCACAGCCUAAGCCACCAACUUACCCACCACACCCACAGCCUAAGCCACCCACUUACCCACCACAGCCACAACCUAAACCACCUACUUACCAACCGUACCCACAGCCUAAGCCACCAACUUACCCACCCCACCCAAAGCCUAAGCCACCAACUUACCCACCACACCCACAGCCUAAGCCACCCACUUACCCACCCCACCCACAGCCUAAGCCACCAACUUACCCACCACACCCACAGCCUAAGCCACCCACUUACCCACCGCACCCACAACCUAAACCACCUACUUACCAACCGUACCCACAGCCUAAGCCACCAACUUACCCACCCCACCCACAGCCUAAGCCACCAACUUACCAACCGUACCCACCGCACCCACAACCUAAGCCACCAACUUACCCACCCCACCCAAAGCCUAAGCCACCAACUUACCCACCACACCCACAGCCUAAGCCACCAACUUACCCACCGUACCCACCCCACCCACAGCCUCAGCCACCAACUUACCCACCGCAUCCACAGCCUAAGCCACCAACUUACCCACCGUACCCACCCCACCCACAGCCUCAGCCACCAACUUACCCACCGCAUCCACAGCCUAAGCCACCAACUUACCCACCGUACCCACCCCACCCACAGCCUCAGCCACCAACUUACCCACCGCAUCCACCGCCUCAGCCACCAACUUACCCACCGUACCCACCUCACCCACAGCCUCAGCCACCAACUUACCCACCACACCCACCACCUAAGCCACCAACUUACCCACCACAUCCACAGCCUCAGCCACCAACUUAUCCACCGUACCCACCACACCCACAGCCUCAGCCACCAACUUACCCACCGUACCCACCACACCCACAGCCUCAGCCACCAACUUACCCACCGCACCCACAACCUCAGCCACCAACUUACCCACCGUACCCACCGCACCCACAGCCUCAGCCACCAACUUACCCACCGCACCCACAGCCUCAGCCACCAACUUGUGAUCUUUGUAACGAAAUGAAAGAUGGAUUCGCGGACACCUUGGAAUCUUUAGAAUACAUCCACGAAAAAGUCGCUCCAGAGAAUGAAUGCCCAUCAGAUUUAAUCUUUACGACUGGCGAUCCAAGUAACAGCCCUGAUAGCCCGUCUGAGGCGUCGUGUCCAGCAGGUUAUGAUGUGAUCGACUGUAGAUGUGAUAUUGAAAGUAACAUCUGUGAUGGAACAGAAGUCGUCGGAAAUACAUGUAGAGCCAUAAAAGGAACCGGUGAUCCAAUUAGUGCUCAAGCCUUGUGUGUACCCAGCUGUUCCGGACCAUAUACCUUCAAAUCUGAACCAAAUGAUGGAUCUUUUUCCCAGUCGCCAGUGGUCACCUGUGAUACAAACACUCAAAUUAUUGGCUGUUGGGCCCUGGAUAGAACAGCUGGUACCUUCGUUGGAACAAAGAUAGAUUUUGCAAUGAACAGUUGUUCACCAGCAGAGGCCUGUGGUGCUAAUCCGGCUGAGGGGUGUAGAGUCCAGGCGGUCUGCUUCCCUGUCUAG